GUCUCGUUUGAGUGUUUCACACAGCAGGAGGGGUUUACGGGCUUCGAGAAUGUUUUCCAAACUCUUAUCGCUGGGAGUGUGUCUGGGCCUGGGGCUCAUCGUGCUUUGUGCGCAAUUGGCCAGCGCCCGUCCCCAGAAUCCCUACUACGUGGAAGGUUCGCGCAGCGGCGAGGGCGGCUACGGACAGGUCACAAGGCAUCAUCAUCAUGGUCAUGGUAAUAGGCGUGGAGGUCAUGGAUCUGGCCCUGGAUACGGCCCACCGCCUCCACCGCCAAUACUGCCAGGAUUUGGGGGAAGGUACCCACCGACCCACUACGAUCCUUACAAUCAACAGCCUGGCGGUGGUGGAUUCCGCGGACAGCAGCCUGGCGGUCACUUCCAUGGGCGACAGCCUGGAUUCCAACAGGGACAGGGGGGAUUCCGUCAGCCAGGACCAGGACAAGGAGGAUACCAGCAGCCAGGCCAGGGGCAAGGAGGAUUCCAGCAGCCAGGACCAGGUCAGGGAGGAUUCCAGCAGCCAGGACAAGGACAAGGAGGUUUCCAGCAGCCAGGACAGGGGCAAGGAGGAUUCCAGCAGCCAGGACAGGGGCAAGGAGGAUUCCAGCAGCCAGGACCGGGACAAGGAGGAUUCCAGCAGCCGGGACAGGGGCAAGGAGGAUUCCAGCAGCCAGGACCGGGACAAGGUGGUUUCCAGCAGCCAGGACAGGGGCAAGGAGGAUUCCAGCAGCCAGGACCGGGACAAGGAGGUUUCCAGCAGCCAGGACCGGGACAAGGUGGUUUCCAGCGACCAGGUGAAGGAGGAUUCCGUCAGCCGAUCGCCAAACAACCAGGAAAUUCUCUUUCAGGUGAGGACCAGGGCUUCCAGCAACCACGUCCGGGCCAGGGCCAGGGCCAGCAGCCGGUGGGCGGCGCCUCCAAUCCCAUACAGCCUCGGCCAGGCACUGCCGACGAAGAUUUCUCGCAGUUCAACUUCCAGACACCCAACACGCUCCAGCCGCUGCCAGGUCAGGGUCAGGCCGGCCAAGUGGGCAGCACCAUCCAGCCGAGACCCGGAAACGGAGCGCAGCCCGUGCCAGGAGCUGCGCCUGCCGAUGAUGCGAUGAAGGACAUUUUCAACACUCACGACUUUCUGUCGCCCAAUCUGAGUCAAGGCGGCACUGGGGGCCACAGGGAUCCCAAGUCGGAGACGGAGGAGUCCGUGCCAUCAUCCGUGGGUCAGCGCAAUCUCUUCAGCACGGAUCCCAUUUGCACGGACGGCACCGUGCUGAUGGCGGGACGUUGUCGCAAAGCGGCCUAAGGCCCAAAA